AUAACCUCAAGUAUCAGUGGGGUGUUUAAGUUCUCAUGAGCGUAAGGGUUUUUUGUGAGGCAUACUAACACAAAAGAGGAAAGAGUUCAAAUUUAAUGCACUGACUAUUAACAUGUCCCAGAUAUCAGUUCGUGUACAAACCUAUCUGGUUUUGGGUGUUAUAAUAGCAUGCUUCUCAAUACUGUAUCCCAAAAUCUUCCAUCCGAUGCUUCUUCAUCUACUGGGUUUUACAAAAAAUAGGCACACAGAAGAGCAUACCAGGUUUGAAAACCUCCGGUUAAAUGGUCAUCACGCACAAAAACCUAUCAGAGCUUCAGAAGGGAUUGUUCAACAGGAUCAAGGGAAAAGAGGUGGAAUUAUGUCGAUCGUUUUGCCUGUCUAUGCUGUUGGUAUAGUGUUAUAUUUGUUUUACACACUUUCAAAGAUAUUUUCGUCAAAACGCCGGAAAAAUACUGAUAAAAAAGAGAAGUUUCUACGACAAUACUAUCGUGAUUUCCAUUAUGAUGUUGAUCGGGGUAAAUUUCGCAUGGGUCAUGACUCGUCCGAUGAUGACGAUGACACCGCUGAAACAGACACAUUUGGAAAUCCAAAUUUAAAUUUUCUUAGUUCUAGAAAAUCAUCUGGAGAUUCAAACCGCAAACCAUUUGAAUGGGGUUCCGUUUUCAAGGGUUCUUACCCAGAUAUUUAUCGCUCGGCUAAAAGUUUACCCAAAGAUUUGGGAAAAUUGCUUAUGAGGAUGGAACGCCAAGAUUUGGAUACGGAAGAGCUGUCGCGUCUUCGUGUUAGACUCGAGCAAACUGAACAUGAAAUGACACGCAUACUACAAGCAAUGCAAUCUGCAGAAGAUGCUCUACGUGGUUCAAUUGAAGAACAAGAGAUAGAUGAAGGAAUUUUCACUACCAUAUCUGACAGGGAACAGUCUGGAGUAAAUUUGAAUGAAUAUGAAGAUACGGCAAGUGAAGUGUUAGACAAAGAAAUCACUGAGGAAAAUGAAUCAGAACGCGAUUUUAAUAUCUCACAGUCAAAGGAGAAUUUAGAAAUACCCUAUGAAGAGGUGACGACAUUUGACGACCAUAACAAAGGUGAUGUAACUGAAUCAUGCAUUCGUCGUCGUCUGGUUACAUCUAAUUGAUUUCGGUCUCCAGCCGUCAUCAUGAUUUGAACACUGGAACUAAUCACCAUGAAUUACAUAAUAGUCUCGCCACAACAAUUAGUAACAAUUCAAACACUUCUGUAUACGGUUCUGAUAAUUUUAUUCAUAACGACCUCUGUGUUUCUAGUUACUUUUGCAUUUAUCUUCGUUUUUGUCACUUUGUAUAUUGUUGUAGUGAGCAAAAUAAGUUUUUUUUCUACUUUUCUUUUUUUUAAUUUUCUAUAUUCCUCAAAAUAUUCCUUGGUAGUGUUGCAUUUUUGUCAUUUUUCUCUUGACUGACCAACAAUAUGUGAUAAGCAAUAUUUGAAUUAUAAUAUGGUCUUAUUUGUAUGAGAUAAUUGUGUUUAUCCGUUUGAUGAGUGUGAUGCAUAAUUAUUGUACGCUAGAAAAUACAUUCAACCUACAAAGUGUGCAA